GAAAUGAUAAACAAUGAUGUCGAAAUGAUAGGGAUGUGGUAAUGCAAGAUAAACAAAGGCGGAUACGGCCAUUUCGAUUACACAGAGGUUGGGAGUGAACAAGAAAAGCAAAGAGAAUGAAGCUUGUCAUACUUGCAGUUUGCCUGGGAUGCAUUUCCUACACAUGUGCUAAAGCACAGACAUCUACGGCAUCUCCGCAAACGACCGGAAUGAGCACAUCCAAAACAACAAAAACUAAUCCAGGUAUGACAAGCGAAUCGCCGUCGGAAACAAGUACAGGCCCAGCGGGAACAAAUACAACCAAAGCAGGAACAAGUACAACCAAAGCAGGGACAAGUACUAAGGCACCUACUGGGAAACCAGGAACCGGAACGGGUAUGACUGUAACAACUCAGAAAACUUCAACCACAACAAAUGGAAGUAAUUCAUUAGUUUCAUCAUCAGUGUGGACUGUUCUGUUUGUGUCAGCAGCAUUUACAUACCUUAGACAUCACUGAACAAGCAAGACUGGACUAUAAAAAUAAAACAAAAUCUCUCUCAGUGGUUAGACUUUGACAUCAUAAAUCAUUCAAUUUAAAAUUCAAACUUCUCUUUUAGAACGUACACUGUACUAUUAUUGAUAUGUCCUUUUAGUUAACCAGUAGCUGUAUGUGCGCACAAGCUUUGAAAAUGAUCCAUGUCCAGCUUAUUUAUAUUUUUACAUGUUUUUCUGCGUACUCGCUCACCAAGUCAACGGUUUCAUUUCAGCUUGUGGUUCAGCCAUUGUUAUUAACGCAUCAACAUUUAUAUUAUGUUUAUAAAUAAACACGAAACGGUCUCCAGGAUCGACUUUGGUUUUCAUACCGUUGUGGAAAGAGAAUGCGACCACAGUGUGUGAUACUGUUGGUAUCGUAGUGCCACGCCAACGCAGUAAGGCGGAGAGGUUUUAGCUCGUGACUUCGUUUGUAAGAACUUCUAUGAUGAUUUAUGCAAGAACACAUUUAUUUCAUAAAAUGUCAAGAUGAUUAUAGGGAAUUGUGAACAUGUGCUAUUGUAAAAUACAUACACUCUUAGGUUCGUAAAUCUUUGGUUAAUAUUAUCGUUUAGUGGUGCAAUAAGUGUGGAUACCGACUAGAAGCUGCACUUCUAUUCAUGUAUUCGACAUAUUUCUUAGUUUUUAUUUGCCUUUGCUUUGAGGGCUAAAGAAAAUACAAUUUUGGACAAACAAGUUUCUUAAUUUAUAAGGCUUGACUACACGUAUCUUUAAUUUGGUAUAAUGAGGUAGAAAGGAGUGUCCUUAACUAGUUUGCAUUAUGUAACGGUGUAAAAGUCUUAAUUCAGCGGUUUUAAGAAUGUUAUUAGGAAUGUUCCUAACGUUUGCAUUAAUGGUUAUGCUGGAUUUUAGAAUUUUAAUGUGCCUAUAGGACGCCUUGCAGUUAUUGGCCUUCCUCAUUUUCGGUGGUAUUUUAUAAGAUGAUAGCUCUAUAUGUUAUGAGAUAUCAUAUAAAAAAAUGUAUUCUAUGUAAAGUAUUUAACCAGUGACGACUUUUUUAUGAGACAUUUAACGAAAAUAAUAAGUGGAUUAUGGACUAUUUUUAAUACAAAGUUAAUUCUGCAAAGAAUAUGUACUUCAUUGUGGCACAUUCUGUUAAAAUUUAUCAUGCUGUACACGACUGAUUCUGCCUUUGAGGACGGUUAAGAUCAUGAUGAGCCUGCACAUCUGUGUAGUCUGUUCAUGAUCUGCAUUGUUCGCCAUUCUGUCAGUAUCUUUUUGUAAAGCAUCCCUUUUAACAGCUAAUGGUACUGUCCAAAUUAGCUCCCCUUUUAACAGCUAAUGGUACUGUCCAAAUUCAGAGAUGGAUGGACAAGUUCAUUAUAGAAAUUAAGCUGGGAACGUCUUAUCACGGUAGCACUCUUACUCGUAUUAUAUAUUAUGACAAAGACGAUCAAGUUGAAAUUAAAAUAACUUUAAAUCCUGAAAUUGGUUCAAACUUGUCAUCUAUAUAAAGGAAGAUUAAAUAUAGAUAUGUA